CCGACUAUAGCCUUCAUCAUCAAUUAAUUAACCAAACACUACGCUCCCCCACUUUCCUCCACUGUUGUUAUCGUACGUUAUUUCCAUUUCUCGCCAUGUCCAAGGUUGUCUGUGUCACCGGAGCCAGCGGCGCCAUCGGAUCGUGGCUCGUCCGCCUCCUACUCGACCGUGGCUACACCGUCCACGCCACCGUUCAAAAUCUCAAGGAUGACAAUGAGACGAAGCAUUUGGAGGCGAUGGAAGGAGCGAAGAGUAGGCUGCGUUUGUUCGAGAUGGAUCUUCUGGACACAGACUCCAUCAAAGCCGCCGUGAAGGGCUGCGCCGGCGUCUUCCAUCUGGCGUGUCCUAACGUCAUCGGUCAGGUUCAUGAUCCAGAGAAGCAAAUAGUGGAGCCGGCGACAAAAGGGACGGUGAGCGUGCUGAAGGCGGCGAGAGAAGCAGGGGUGGAGAGAGUGGUGGCGACGUCGUCGAUAUCGGCGAUUAUUCCGAGUCCCGACUGGCCCUCCGACAAGAUCAAAAACGAGGACUGUUGGUGUGACCUUGACUACUGCAGAAGCAAGGGGCUAUGGUAUCCGAUAGCGAAAACGCUGGCGGAGAAAGCAGGGUGGGAUUUUGCGAGGGAGACAGGGUACGACGUCGUUAUGAUAAAUCCGGGCACCGCCUUAGGCCCUCUCAUUCCGCCCAGACUCAAUUCAAGCAUGGCUGUCCUUCUCGGCGUUCUCGAAGGGGACACUGAGACAUACGAGGACUUCUUCAUGGGAAUGGCGCACUUUAAGGAUGUCGCCAUGGCUCACAUCUUGGCCUUCGAGAAUAAAGAGGCUUCUGGAAGGCACUUGUGCGUGGAAGCCAUUCGUCACUACGGUGAUUUUGUGGAAAAGGUGGCUGAAUUGUACCCUGACUAUAAUGUCGCUAAAGUGCCCAAGGAUACUCAGCCUGGUCUUCUCCGAGCCAAGGAUGCUUCUAAGAAGUUGAUCAAUCUGGGGAUGCAGUUCACCCCCAUUGAGCAAAUCAUCACUGAUGCUGUUGAAAGUUUGAAGAGCAAGGGCUUUCUCUAAGUCUAAAUCUUUGAUCCUUUUUUAAUUUGAGGGACUUUCACUGGGGGUGAUGGAGUUUACAGGGAUUUAGUGAUGGCGUGGUUGGGUCGAAUAAACGUGAUGAGCUUGCAGUUUCAGUCACUGGUUCUGUAUUUCAUGACAAGAGUUUUAUGUAUAAACUCUUGCAGUUAAUAUUGAAUAAUUCUUAUCUUGUUCUUUUUUCUUCAGUGAAUUGGCAAAAAAUGCGUCAUCCUGCAA